AUGAGAGAAAACUUAUAUAAUGAGAACAAAAAACAUAUUGUUCUUGAAUAAAAACAGCAUUAAAAGACAUAUGUAUCUUUUUUUUUGCAAAAAAAAAGAUAUUUGGGGGUCUAUAGAAGCAAUAGAACGCCGAGUCCGAACACUACAUUCAACAGCGGUACAUAAAGAUGCAUCAAUAUGGGGAGAUUCUUUUCUUCAUGGAACGUCUGCAAAUUAUAUUGAUGCUAUGUAUAAUGCAUGGAAAAAAAAUCCAAAUGAUGUUCAUAUUUCAUGGCAAAUAUACUUUAGAAAUAUGGAAGAUAAGAAUGUACCACCUACAAAAGCUUUUCAGCUACCACCAACAUUUAUUUCAGGAUCAAUUGGUGACAUCCCUGCAUUUUUUAAAGAAACAGAAGCAAAUAAUAGUACCAAUAUUAUUGAUCAUCUUAAAGUGCAGCUACUAGUACGAGCAUAUCAAGUCCGUGGGCAUUUGUGUGCAAAUAUUGAUCCUCUUGGCAUUAAAGCAAAGGACGAUUCAACUAGAGAAAUUCCGAAAGAACUAACUUUAGAAUAUUACGGAUUUACAGAGAAAGAUCUUGAUACAGAAUACAACCUUGGUCCAGGAAUUUUACCAUAUUUUUCUACAAAAGAACUAUCCAAAAUGUCACUUCGCUCAAUCUUAGAAAAUCUUAAACGAUUAUAUAGUGGAUCCUAUGGAAUUGAAUAUAUUCAUAUUCCAGAUCGACAACAAUGUGAUUGGCUUCGUGAACGCCUUGAAAUUCCUAUUCCUUAUCAAUAUAACAAUGAAGAAAAACAACGUAUUCUUGAUCGACUGAUUAGAAGCGAUUUGUUUGAAAAAUUUCUUGCUACAAAAUACCCUAAUGAUAAAAGAUUUGGCUUGGAAGGAUGCGAAUCUCUUAUUCCAGGUAUGAAAGCGUUAAUUGAUCAUUCUGUAGAGCUUGGUAUCAAGUCCAUUGUUAUUGGUAUGGCACAUCGUGGAAGGCUCAACGUACUAUCUAAUGUUGUUGGAAAACCAAAUGAAUCUAUAUUUUCUGAAUUUUCAGGUUUCUUGGAUAUUGAUAGUGAAGGGUCAGGUGACGUAAAGUACCAUCUUGGAAUGAAUUAUGAACGAUUAACACCAUCUGGAAAACGUGUUAAUCUUUCUCUUGUUGCAAAUCCCUCACAUUUGGAGGCAGAAGAUCCUGUUGUUCUUGGUCAGACUCGUGCAAUUCAAUUUUAUGAAAAUGAUGACAAAAACCAUUCUAAUUCUAUGUCUAUAUUAUUACAUGGAGAUGCUGCAUUUGCUGCACAAGGUAUUGUUUAUGAAACUAUGGGAUUUCAUACACUUCCUAAAUAUUCAACGGGGGGAACAAUCCAUUUAAUCAUUAAUAAUCAAAUAGGAUUUACAACAGAUCCUAGGUUUGCACGAUCUACACCUUAUUGUUCAGAUAUUGCUAAAAGUAUUGAUGCACCCAUUUUCCAUAUCAAUGGAGAUGAUGUAGAAGCCUUAGUGUUUAUAUGUAAAAUAGCUAGUGAAUGGCGUGCUACAUUUAAAAAAGAUGUAGUAAUUGACAUUGUAUGUUACCGAAAACAUGGACACAAUGAAACAGAUCAACCCAGUUUUACACAACCUUUAAUGUAUCGAAAGAUUAUGGAACAGACACCAACGCUUGAAAAAUAUACAAGAAAACUUAUAAGCGAAGGUUCAUUUAGCGAAAAAGACAUUCAAGAACACAAAAAAUGCGUAUGGGAUACUCUUGAAAGCAGUUUUAAAAAAGCAAAGGAUUAUAAGCCAACACCUCGUGAAUGGUUAACAAGUGCAUGGAAUGGAUUUGCAUCACCUCGCGACCUAAUAAUAAAGGAUUUUAAUCAUUUUCCAACUUCAGUGAAUAAAGAAGCUCUUAAAGGAAUAGGAAGAAAGAUUUUUUCAUAUCCUAAGGAUUUCCAUAUUCAUCCUAAUUUAAAACGUAUUAUGAAAAACCGGUUAACAUCUAUUGAAGAUGAAAAGAAUAUUGAUUGGGCAACCGGAGAAGCCUUGGCAUUUGCCACUCUUUUAACAGAAGGAUGCCACGUUCGUGUAAGUGGUCAAGAUGUUGAACGAGGUACUUUUUCACAACGACAUGCAGUCCUCCAUGAUCAAGAAAAUGAAAACACAUAUAUAUCAUUAAAUUAUAUUGACCCAAAUCAAGCAAAAUUUGUGAUAAGUAACUCUUCUUUAAGUGAAUAUGGCGUUUUAGGCUUCGAAUAUGGAUAUUCUCUUAUUUCCCCCAAUUCUUUAGUUGUAUGGGAAGCACAAUUUGGAGAUUUCGCAAAUAAUGCACAAUGUAUUAUUGAUCAAUUUAUAGCUUCAGCAGAAGUAAAAUGGCAUCAACGAAGUGGAAUUGUAUUAUCACUUCCACACGGCUAUGAUGGACAAGGUCCAGAACAUUCUUCAGGCAGAAUAGAACGUUUCCUCCAACUAGCUAAUGACGAUUAUCGUGUAUUCCCAUCAAAAGAAAAAUUUCAACGACAAUACCAAGAAUGCAAUAUUCAAAUAGCAUAUCCUACUACGCCUGCAAAUCUCUUUCAUAUUCUUCGUCGACAAAUACGCCGUGAGUUUCGAAAACCUCUUAUAUUAUUUUUCAGUAAAGCUCUUCUACGACAUCCAUUAGCACGCUCGAAUUUAUCAGAAUUCUCAGGAGAUUCACAUUUUCAGAGCAUUUUAAGCGAUCAUGAUCAUAAAAAUGGGAUUCUUAAACCUCAUGAGUUGUGCAAUAAAUUAAUUUUAUGUACUGGUCAAAUAUAUGUUUCUCUUUAUAAAGAACGAGAAGAACGCAAAAUUGAUGAUACAGCUAUUCUAAGAUGUGAACAAAUUCAUCCAUUUGACUUUCAGGGUUUAAAAGAAUGCUUGGAUAGUUAUCCAAACCUAAAAGAAAUAGUUUGGUGUCAAGAGGAACCUUUGAAUGCAGGUGCCUGGCAAUAUGUCCAACCUCGCCUUGAAACAGUUCUUAAUAAAACUCAAGCUCAUAAAGAUAAAAAAGUAAGAUAUGCAGGAAGACCGCCAUCCGCUUCAGUAGCAACAGGAAAUAAAACACAGCAUAAACAAGAACAUGAUGAUCUUAUAAGAGAGGCAUUUAAAAUAUAUAUAAAUUGA